UCAAAGUUCAGUCGAGCUUUCUCCUUUGUUGUUCUCUAUGCUGCGCGCGCUCGCCAGGCAUCUCCCAGCGCGGCCACGGCCACUGCCACGGCCAUCCCUAUGCUCGUCGAUGCAGCAGCUCCGAUGGGCGCGGGCGAACUCAUCACGGGGCAAGGUUCCGUUCUCGUUCACGAAGGGAGCUGCUGGGGUUGAGGAGAAGUCGGAGUGGUGGGUAGUGGAUGGAGAGAUGCACGAGAUUGGUGACCACGUUCCUCACAGGGAGCGGUUCGUUAUCCCUAGGGAUAACCUCCCCAAUCGCCGCCGCAAGCAGAUGCGCGAUCAAUUUAUGCGCCGCACUCGCCUCGUCCUCAAGGAGUCGGAACAUGAACCUUGGUGUAAAAGAUACAUGGAACUCUAUCAGGAGCUGAGAGAAAACUGGGAAAGGUUGUACUGGGAUGAAGGUUUUGCCAAAAAAAUUGCACAUGAUCAUGCCAAUUAUGACUCUGCGGAAGAUGAUGAUCUAGAUUUUUCACCAUAUAGGAGAAGGCGGUCUCAUGAAGAUCAAAAUAAGGACCAAAUUUUCGAUGGAAGCAAGCAAACUAAUACUUGGGAUAAAAUUGGUUUGGUUCGUGACAAAUUCGAAUAUGAUAGAGAGAGAAGAAUGAGGGAGAAAGCCUUUGCUCCCAUGAACAGGAUUAGUAAUUCUGAUAUUCGUGAUUCAAGUUCCAGACACUCCUUCGGAUUGCAGAAAUUUUUCCCGCAGACGAGGAACUGAGGAUUUAAUCGAAGACAAUGAAAUGAUCAGAUGCCGCUCUGGACUACAAGCCUGAUAUGCAGACAGUAAUGCUGAGAAGCUGCAAAAUCUUUAGUAGGUGAUUGUCAUAGAGUUUCAGCCGUUCCACAAUCAAACACAUUAUAAGAGAAACUGAUGACAAUGUCUUAGGAAUCAAGAUCAGUAUCUUAGCAUAAUGAUCCAAAUGACUGCGAAGAUGAAGCAAGAGAUGCCCCCCUAGUGAUGUUCCUUUUAUAGUCUGGUAUGCAGAAAAUCCUAGUGCAUGUUGUUCACUAUUUAUUUUCUUGGAUAUUAAAAAAAAAAUGCUUUCCAUGA